AUGCGCAGCAAGCACGACCAUAGAAUCAUCGAUGCCCAGGCUAGGCACCAUCUGGGCGACUGGGGAUGUAAACCAACCUGGGAUAAGAAGCAUGAACCCAUAUUUAGCACUGUGUUAGCCUGUCUAAUCUUCAGCGUACUGUCUACUAUACCUUCCUGUCAAUUUGCUGAAGGGGUCUUGUUUUACAUGGAAAUCAUUUUAGUGAUGUUCUUCAGCUGUGAGUAUCUCGUCCGUAUGUGGUCAGCUGGAUGUCGCCAACAGUACCAGGGCUUGAGAGGAAGAUUCAAGUUUGGUAGAAAGCCCAUCUUGAUCAUUGAUUUAAUCGUUGUUGUUGCAUCCGCUGCUGUGCUUUGUUUUGGUUCUGAGGGCCACGUCUUUGCUGCCUCGGCUAUAAGAGGUGUUCGAUGUCUUCAGAUUCUUCGCAUGCUUCAUAUGGACCGCCAAGGUGGCACUUGGAAACUCCUCGGCUCGGUGGUUUUUAUACACAGACAGGAGCUGAUUACAACUUUGUACAUUGGAUUCUUGAUGCUGAUCUUCGUCUCGUAUUUUGUCUACCUGGCUGAGCGUGACAACCAGGAUGAGAGAGGCAGAAAGCAAUUUGAAACCUAUGCAGAUGCCUUAUGGUGGGGUGUGGUAACUUUAACAACAAUUGGAUACGGAGAUAAAGUUCCCAUUACGUGGCUAGGGAAAAUCAUCGCCUCAUGUUUUUCAAUAUUUUCCAUUUCGUUCUUUGCUCUUCCCUCAGGUAUUUUAGGGUCUGGAUUUGCCUUAAAGGUGCAACACAAGCAAAGACAGAAGCAUUUUAGUCGUCAGAUUCCAGCUGCUGCAAGACUAAUACAGUGUGCAUGGAGAUGUCAUGCUGCAGAGAGCACCACAGACUUUAUUUCGGAAGCCACCUGGAAGAUCCACAUUGCCCCUCCCAAUGCCAACAGUACCGCUACCCCAACUGCUCCAAGUACCCCAGCUUUUGUUAACAAGACUCAUCUGCUGAAGAAACGUAAGAAUUCUAAGCUGAAGGAAGCCUUAGUACAAUCGACGUUACUGGAGUUUAUCCCAAGCAAGUCUUCUCCUGAGAAAACUACGGGAGUGAAUGAUACAGUCUUCAGUGAGGAUCCCUCAAGUGUCUUUGAUAGGCUGAAUAGGAGACGUUUAGACGGUGACCGUGAGCCUAGUGAGAGGUACCGGCCACUCCAGCGUCUAUCAGAAAUGUUCUCAAUGGAUCUACCAGAUCCUGAGAGUGACAUCUUUAGCUUUGCCUAUGUUCCUGAAACAGUAACUAGCCUAACACCAACACACAAAAUAGCCAUCCGAGCAAUCCGACGCAUUCAGUACUUGGUAGCUCGCAAAAAAUUCCAGCAAGCAAGAAAGCCAAUAGACGUCCGAGACGUUAUUGAACAAUAUUCUCAGGGACAUAUGAACAUGAUGGUGCGCAUCAAGGAACUACAGCGACGACUGGACCAGACUGUUGGCAAACCUGGAGCAUACCUUACAAUUGACAAACGGAAACAGACCAUUUUGGCACGGAUGUCUAUGAUGGAGAAUCAGAUGUAUGUAAUGGACUCCAAACUUGAUGGAUGUUUGAAGCUCCUCAGUACAGUGGCUAAAAAGCUUGAGGAACAGAACGGUGGACAGGACAGUCCACGAUUGGAGCCUGCACAGUCUCACAUAUAGAGUCUGUUCGCUGAAUCUGUUUUUUUUUUUUUAUUUAUCAGGAACGAGAAACAACACAUAUAUUUCUGACAAUAAAAUAUUGCUCAGGUUUUGUUACCAUUGAUGGACAUAUAGAAAAAUGGCAAAGACAAAAGAGUUUUUAAAAAAUACUGACAGACAAUCAAAGGGACGGAUGGACUAACAAAUGACAUAGCAUAAAAGGAGGACAGUCAGGAAAUGUUGAUUGGGGAUGUUCAAUUUCAAAAUAUAGGUAACACUUAAAAGAUUUCAAAAAUAGAGACAAUUUUUACAAUUGUAAAGUUAUAGUUUAAAUUUCAGACUACAUGUAUGUUCAAAUAGUCUGAGGAGAUAGAAAUGACAAACACACAGACUGAUGGACAGACAAACAAACCAACUGACUGACAGAUGACUGACUGACUGACUGACAGAACCACAGAUAAUAUUCACUGGCCAAAAUGCAUGAGACUAAAAGAACAGUGAUAUUUAUUCAUUCAUUCAGGAAUUGACAAAAAAAGGAUGUUGACUUGCAAUGAACGGACAGACAGAUUAACAAGGAUGGAAAGGCACUCAGACAGACUGACAACUGACUGACCACGGACAGGAAGCACACAGUACAUGCUUAGUUACAAUACAAUAACUGACGUGCAUAAGACAAAAAGGACUGACAAAAUUGAUAUAUUAUUCUUCAAUGUAGUGCAAAUUGAACGUGAAAAAUCAUAUCGGCUUAGAGCCUUUUACUUUCAGACAAAACUGGUCUCUUUUCUCACAUGAAAAUCACAUUUCUUGCUUGGACAAGUGACACCAUUGUGCAAUUGGACAGUACAUACCGAGGCUGUGUAACUGACACAUAUCCAAGACAACCAACAUGCCCCUUCCAAUGUGAAUAAUUCCUCUAUUUUUAUUUUUAACUAGAAUUUAUUUAUAUAUAAUACAUAUGUAUGCAUUUACCAGCAGUAUUUCUCAUCAAAAUUGUAUAUUGUGUCUUUUUUAUGUUGGAUCUUCUUUUUUAAUCAUAGGAAAUAUACAACAGUAUUCAUUACAUUAAAUAUUCAGAUUAAUUUUGGGAAAUGGUGUCAUUGACUCUCAAGAUGAUUGAGGAUAUAAUGAUUUUAUAUCAUCUAUUUAUUCAGAAAGAUUCAGAUGGCUGUUGAUUUAAGUGUUCUCUGUUUAUCAAAAUUUGGAGUGAUUUAAAUAGAUCAUUUUUUUAUCAAUUAUAUGUGGUGUCCAGUGAUCUACAACAAUAAUUAUUGUAAUCUUGUGCCUUACAUCAGUACUGUAUAACACAUUUUGAUUAUGGUCGGGGAACUUUGUAUUCAGACAUUUAAAAACAAAACUACUGAAUGAGUGAUUUGAUUCUAUGAAUCCUUCUUUUGCACCAAUUUAUACUAAUUAUCCGGUCAAAACAAAUGUUCUGCUUCAUUUACUCAAACAGUGUGUUCAUGUAAAACUGCACUUUUCCACUUUUGUUUUUGGUAGCCACAGACUCCUAAAAACAGGAAUCAAUUUUCACUUGAAAUAAUUAAUCAUUUUACAGGUUCUAUCUCUUUCUUUUGGGAUGAUUGUGAAAAGUUGUAUUCCCUGAAAUUUUGAACCCUCAUCUUCCCUAUUCAAAAUGUUCCAUUUAUACCAAAAACCAAUUGUUUUAAUUUUGAUUUUUCCUACUCUCCAAAAUUACAUUCACAGAUUUUAUGAAGUUGUACUAAUGAGUUAUAUACUCCUUGACUCAUUAAACUUGACCUUCUGAGUAGUGCAUAGAAUCUCUAGAAUUUGAACCCAGCCAGGCCGACAAGUUAGUCAAACGAGAGGCCUGGUGAGAUGAGAGAUCUGGAGGUAGUUUUACCAGUUUCCAGUGGCCUAUUCUAAUGCUGCAAUACCAAUCUGUGACAACUCUGGCCCAUGAUAUAUCUCUUCCUGUUUUGACUUCUAGUUCAAUUAAAUGCUUCAAGCAAUUUAAAACAUGUAACCACUUGAACAAAUUUAACUUGCUUACUUACUUGUUCGCUUGCUUAAGGGGUCCUCACAACAUGUUUUUAAUACAAGAAAUAUGGAACAAAAUAAAUGUCAUAUGAAACUGAA